UGUAAUCGCACUUUGUUUUAAGUGAUACGUCUGUUUGACAGUGCUAAAAGUAUCAUUAUUGUAAAUAAGAGUAACGAAAGUUAUGGAAGAAACGUGGAUAGAAUCGCAAAUUGUAGAAAUUGAAAUUAAUAGAGCGUCAUUAAACAACUACUAACCCUAGAUAAAUAGACGCUUUAUUGCGGAUCCUAGUACGGAGCUGAAAUUGAGAGAAUUCAGAAGCGGGCAUGCGCCCCGCGAAACUGAAGGAAAUAGUUACGCAUGAUGCGUAGGAAUCCAGGAUACCAAAGUUCAGAUAGACUUGUGCCGAGAAAUUUGUGCGAUUGAUAUUAAAGAUAAAGGGAUAUACACUUCCUUUUGACUGAAUUUAUCAACGAUCCAAGGUCAUGCUUCGUUGUUCUGGGCUUCCGUUUCUCCCAGGAAAUACAUUUCCGGAUAUCAGCCAAACUAAGUUCAACAAAUCGCAUCAUUUCGACCGAUGGCGCAACAUCUGUAUGCUGGCCGACCGGAAACGACCGGGAAUCGGUGGUAAGCAAUACUCACCAGCCGAUGGGCCCGAGUACUGUCUACCGUCGCUUUACCCCCCUCGCCAAGGACCCCUUCUACCCUCCUGGUUGACAUACGACCGGAAAGUCCUGUGCUUCCACGGAUUCUUCCAGGAGACCCUAACCGAAGUCGACCGAAUCCCGUACCAGAUUAGGAAGGUGAAAAUCCUCUACUACCUGGAAGACGACACCAUGCAGGUGAGCGAACCCCGCACCAUGAAUUCCGGCAUUCCGCAAGGUUGCUUGGUUACGCGCCAACGGAUUCCCCGACCGCCACCGUAUGAUGGCGAGUUUACCUCGUUGCUGGAUUUGAACAUUAAUCACACGGUGCAGCUGUUCGAUCGCGUGUACACCAUCACCGGAUGUGACGAGUUUACGCGAAAGUUUCUCAACCGGCUGGGGAUAUCGGUGCAGGAAUCCGUCGAACCUCCGAUCGAUCCCAGCACUGAACUACGCAAAAAGCAAGACGCUGCCAAGCUAGCCAAAAGACCGGCUUACAAGAUAGAUACCUUGGGCAAAUUCUUGGAAUUCGAUCGCAAGGUGCUACGAUUCCAAGGCUUCUGGGACGAUCGUUCCAGCCUGUUCGGUGACGUGCACGAGCUGGAAGUGCUCUACCACCUGAGUGACGACACCUUUGAAAUCAAGGAAAAACUACCUCUGAACUCGGGGCGCGACUCAAAUGGCAUGUUCCUUCGGAGAGGUCGUCUCCCGAAGCAGUUCGAGCGGUUACCGGUCAUGGGAGAAAGUACUCCGGUAACCGUGUUGAAUGUGAUUGGUGGGGGUUUGAAGGGAGGACGCUACCUUACGGAUUCCGUCGGAAUUGGCAGAGUUGAUGAUAACUAUUACAAGGAUUCUGAUCUAGCAAUAGGAAAGGUGAUAAACGUCUAUGGCCGUCGAGUGAUUCUGACGGGGUGCGAUCACUCGACAAGUGAUUACUACAGGGUUAAGUACGGUAUCGAAGAUUUCACUCCUAUACCGGGUUACAGUGUAACGAAGGGUGAGUUUGAACGACGCUAUCGCAGGGAACGUCAACUACCGCCGUACAAUGGAUGGGGUUCGCACGAAGAUUCGGAAGGAAACUGCAUCACGGUCGAACCGACUCCACCAAAGAUCGAUUUCCGCAAAUUUGUGGUGUACGAUCGAUGCAACCUUCGCUUCGGAGCUCGCAUGAUUUCCAAUAUCAAAGAAAACAACGAUCGGUUCUUCGUGAUCACGUACUACUUGAGCGACGAUACGGUAUCGGUGUAUGAACUCAUGAUCAGAAACUCCGGGUUUAUGGGAGGCGAAUUCAUAAAACGUCAACGGAUUCUCCUGCCGAAUCAAGAUAUUUUCACACCUGCCAGACCUCAGUAUUUCGCAGCUCAGGACUUCUACCUUGGUGCAACGGUCAUCCUGCAGGAUCACAAAUUCAAUGUGACAAAUGCUGACAUCUAUGCGUUGUCAUUCAUGGAAGCCCAUUGCGAGGAGUUCCCGCUGUCGAAUGUUUCCAAAAUUGUCCUGAAAAUACGUAACGCCUUGCGACCGAUCUACAAAGAAUAUGUUGCCAAGCAUAUGUCGAAAGUCGAGCAUAAAAAAGUGGACGGACAAAGUGUGGCUACGGUUACGUACGACGCCCUACGAGAUAUGCUACUGGAACUUUUGGGAGAUCAGAUUGUGGAACAGGAAAUCGUUACACUGUGUCGACAAUUUUCAGCGGAAACGAAGAAACACUUCAGCUGCGAUAAGGAACUGGUACGAUCAGCUAUACACGGAGAGCUAACUAGACAGCUUUGGAACGAUCUGGAACGAACUAAGGAGCAUAUGUACCACUUGGAUCCCGCUGCUAAUGGAUGGAUGAGUCCACGCAAUAUAGUGGUAACCGUGAAGGCAUGCAGAAUACCACUGGAUAACGCAUUGAUCGAUGCCAUGCUAGAAGUAUUGAACCGGAACGACCGCGGUGAUAUCGAAAUGAGGGAUUUCCUAAACAUGUUGAAUCCGAUGGAGACGCCCUGUAGGCCACUACAACCGCUCAACAUCAAGCACGACGUCUGCUACUUUACGCCCUAUCGUGUCACGGGAAACUUGGUCGAUUGGGACAAGUUGCUAAGCAGCAUCGAUCUGGAGACGAGUCUUACGGCUCAAACUUCUUGACCGAGUGAACUGAUUG